AUUUCGCCUCCAAUGUUGACCAGGCCUCACUUCACUUACAUGCGCAGGUCUGGGCGUCGGACCUUGCCCCUAAUCUACACAAUACCGGCGCACACACGGAAUGUUAGUUAAGUCACGCCUUGAUCGAAGCGUACAAACAGACGUCAGGAAGACAGCUUGCCAUCCGCUCUGCAUGCCCGCCGGUUAUACGAUACAAUCACUCAUCACACAUUGCUGUGCGUUACAAGAAACAGUCAUUCAGCAGGCGGGCUGCACAGGCGGGCGGGCAGAGGUUGGUGUGGCUGAAAGGUCGCCUGACGUCAGACGUCUUGGUCGGCGAAAAAGGCCACUUCCUCUUUGUCCAUGCUGCCAACUGUCGUGUACUGACACGACACCAUAUUCACACACACGCAGACACGCCACGAGUGAGAGUUCUCGCCACUGAGUGCUGUGCUGCAGGAGCAUAGCAUCCGCUUACCAUGGUGCUAGGUGCGCUUCGGUAUGGCCCUCCCAGCCGCCGCACUACAACUGAUGUCUGCAGAAGGACAGACACAACGACAACGCGAGACUACUUGCGGACACGCGCAAUCUGUCCAUCGUCCACUCACCACAAGUCCCAGGACUGCUGCAAUGGGCGUGCAGACGUAUCUACGCAACGUGUGUCAGUCAACACACACACAGCAACUCAGAAAGUGCCGAACUGUCUGUGGGAUCACGGACGAACACAUAUGUCUGUGGCGGGGUGCCCCGCCCACCUCACCUGUCUUCCAUGAGUUUGACGUGAGUGUGCGAGUCGUCCUCCACAUCCAGUGAGCCGAAGAAGAAACCGAAAAUCAAACCCAGCAGCAACGAGCCGAAUAUCAACGCACAUAUCUGACCGGAAUGGACACAUACCACAUGGCGCUCAGCGGGCUAGCAGACAGCUUCGUCUGAGCUGCACGAACCUGUGCUGGCGUAUGUACAGGCCCCAGAGGUAUGGCGUCCUCUUGCGCUGCUUUCAGGCCAGUCAGGCGAAACUCGUGCAGCAAAUUGAGGGCAUCCUGAACCAAACAGAAGACGGGCAGGGCCGGGGGGGAGGGGGGGCUCCAUCUGCAUACAGCCGGACUGUUCUAUCCAGCCGCUGACCAGGAAAGCAAAAGUGAGGGCAAAGCUGAGGGACACCCCAAGCAACGAAUACCUGAAGCCCACCCAGACAGACGCGUACACCGAUCGUGACGACGGAAUGCAAUGCGCUUCUCGUCCGUGCAUUCUCUGGCUGGCUACAUGGGUAUUUUGAUGAUUGGGCUGAGAUUGCAGAACCAGUCCUUCUCCAGCAGAAAGCAAAAGAGGCCCGACAAGAUGAUCUGGGCGGCGCGCACACAGAAACAGUUACAGGUGUAUCGUAUCAAGCACCACAUGGCCUGGCCUGGCACUGGUGGUGCUCAUGACCGACCGACCAUUCCAGCGAAUCCGUGCAGCAUGGUCCUGCUGUGCUGCGCGGCAGGCUCAGCUGCAACAGUCGACCACCCCUUCUGCCGAUGAGCUGAUCAAUCGGUCCGUCCACAAAUGAAAUGCCAAUCAAUGAACACACACAGGGUGGGGUAUUCAUGGCGGACCCGACCCAAGGUCUCUCUCAUCAAUCAAUGUGUCAGUGGUGUACCUCUCCAUAUGAUGAGUCCGCCGAGGAAAAGAAACCCUGUACCGAACAGCUGACAGGCACGGCACAAGGAGGUAGGAGGGAGAGCGAUUUAUGGCAACGCUGCAUCCUUCUUUCGUGUUGGCUGACGCGUCGUGUUUGGCUCGUUGCCUUGCCUACCACUGAGAACCACCGAUUAAAGGAAACCUCGAUGAGCGCAUUGGUGACUGAAUGAAACACAAUACGCAAGGCAUCCGCAUCCACUAAAGAGCCGAGCACCGUCCUGUGAUUACGCUCACCGAUGUAGGACGAAAAGGUUCCAAACACGACCCCAAUCUGAACACACAUGCGUCAGGCAAAGAUCCAUCCGUAUCAUUGCCGUUCUGCCCACAUCCGAUGCUCACCAGUGCCGCGUAGAGGUCUCCAGUGUGUACGCGGCUGCCAAUGCCCAUCACGCUACCAGAUCUGUCCAUGUGCUGAAAGCAACGAGUGCAGUAGAUCCGUACGAGGCUUUUUGCUCUCCGGGGCUCACC